AUGUCUUCUCAAGCCGCUCUCCUUAUUGGAGAAAUUACUCACGCGCGCAAGGAGUGGGAGAGCCUCUCCUCGCUCUUGACCCUCAAGGAAUUCCCCACCGGAACUCGCGAGGAAUUCAUCCAGAACUGCAAGGCCGGCCAGUACGACGACGUAGUUGCUAUCUACCGCUCUAAUACCUCCAAUAAAUACACCGGACCUUUUGAUGCCGAGCUGCUGGCAGUCCUGCCCCAGUCUCUCCGGUAUAUCUGCCACAACGGAGCUGGAUAUGAUAAUAUUGAUGUCUCCGCUUGCACACAAAAGAACAUUUCCGUUUCUAGCACCCCCGUUGCGGUGAACAAUGCCACCGCUGAUGUUGGCAUUUUCUUGAUGAUUGGUGCUCUCCGCCAGGCCUAUGUCCCCCAGGCUGCUCUUCGGGCAGGCCAAUGGCACGGAAAGACCACCCUUGGCCGUGACCCUCAGAACAAGGUCCUAGGUAUCCUUGGUAUGGGCGGUAUUGGACGAGAAAUGGCGACUCGCGCGAAGGCUUUCGGCAUGAAGAUCCAAUACCACAACCGCUCACGCCUGUCCCCAGAAUUGGAGAACGGCGCAACCUACGUCUCGUUUGAUGAGUUGCUGGCCAACUCGGACGUCUUUAGCUUGAAUCUCGCUCUGAAUGCGUCAACCCGGCAUAUCAUCGGUGCACCCGAGUUCAGCAAGAUGAAGGAUGGUGUUGUGAUCGUAAACACGGCGCGUGGAGCUCUGAUUGAUGAGAAGGCGCUGGUCGCAGCAAUUGACUCCGGCAAGGUCGGCUCCGCUGGUCUGGAUGUAUAUGAGAAGGAGCCACAAAUUGAGCCGGGUCUGGUGAACAACCCCCGGAUCAUGCUGCUGCCACACAUCGGCACGAUGACUUACGAGACGCAGAAGGAGAUGGAAAUUUUGGUGUUGGACAAUCUGAGAUUGGCUGUGGAGAAGGGGGAGCUGAUCACUCAGGUUCCGGAGCAGAAGCGAUGA